AUGACUGGCCUUCGAGCCCUCCGCGGGCGUCCUUCUCGUCAAAUCUGCAACAAGCGUUUCGCCUCGCACGGCCACGGCGCACCACGGUUCAACGAACCCUCAGGUUACCUCUUCGGCGAGAAGCCCCCAGCACCCGGACAGAAACGAGUGAAGGAGGACUGGGAGAACAUCUGGUACAUCGGGAUGUUCGGAGGUAUGAUCGGAGUGUCAGUAUUGUUGUACUACAAGCCAGAUUCUGCUGUUCAGAACUGGGCGCUUCAGGAAGCAAAGCAAAGGAUGGAGGCCCGCGGCGAGCCGACCGAGUACAAGCCUUCAUCAUAA